UUUAAUGUAUUAGCGAAAGCGAGUGAUAUUUCAUUAUAUACUAAUACUAUUCGAACUAAAAUGCCUAGCACAAGAAAAGUGUCACCAGCUCGCUCACAGGGUGUAACAACACCUCAUACACGCACUUCACGACGUAGCCACAGUGUGUGUUCUGCCAAAUCUAACACAUCAUUACGUCUGACUACUCUAAUAUCAGACUCCUUCAAAUUGACACCUAUUGCAAACAGACAAUCUGUUUUAAAUGAUGAUACAGAUAUUGAAAUCCCUGGUCGAAAAAGUUGGUGGAAAAAGCUAGGUGAGAAUUCCAGAGAUGUGAUGGAUGUUUUAGAAAAUAGAGACAUUCCUGAGGUCAACAAUGUGGCAGAUGAGUUUGAUGUUGAAAUUUUGAGUCAAGAAAAGAAGAAUUACUCUAUAGAUUUACCAGAGAGUAGUGAUGGGGAAUCUAUAAACAGUAUAGUAAUUCCACAAAGAAAAUUAUUCACACAAAAAGAAAAUCAAACGCAAAAGAAAUUUGGACAUAUCAUUGACAAUAGAGAAACAUUAGCCAAACUCCAAAAGAGCCAUGUUGAUGAAAAAGAAAUUAAAAUUGCACCGAAAAAUCUAUUUAAUCAAGCUCCUAGACCAAGAACAAAGCCUGCCUUUCCAGCUGCCUUAUUAAACAUAUCCUCAAAAUCAGUUAAUAAAACAAAAGAAAUGCCAACAGCAGAGGUAAAGGGGCAAGUUCGAAACCUUUUUGGUAAUCGACCGGGUACUAAACGGAAGAAUAUGUUUGCUGACUUCAUUGUGUCCGAAAGUGAAGAUGAAAUUCCAGAUAUACAACCAAAAGUGUUUGGAUUUCAAAAGAACAUGGCACAAAAACGCCGUGAAAGCUCCACCUCGCGGGGUAUAGCUCAUUCUCCAACACCAAGUAUCGAUCUUGAAAUGGACGACUGGAAACUCCUUCCAUCCUCGACAAUGGUCGAAAAUCAGCUUGAAGAAGCUGGUACAACACCAGUGAAGCGAGCUAAAUUAAGCAAAUUGUCUGAGGCAAAGGAAUCGGAAACCACUAAUAUCAAUAGCACAGUGAAUAAAACUAGGCAGUCUAACAAGUCAAUUAAUUCGAAGAAUAAAUCUAAAAAUUCUUCAAAAUCAACAAUAAAAGAAGGAAAUUUGAGUUUAACAUCAAAAAUAAAUAAUGAUGAGUGUAUAGUAGAAAAUAAUCAAAUUGUCAAUAAUUCAAAUAAUGUCAGGCUUACAAGGAAUAAAAGCAAAUCAAUGAGAGAAAGCUCCUCCAAUGAUAUGGAAGAUUCAAAAAUUACCAAUAAAUCAAAAAAUAUACUUAAAUUUAGCAAAAGUGUUUCAGAUAAAGGUUUAGUACAUGAAUGUGGUAAUAAUAGUAAACAAAAAAUUGAAAACGAUAUGGAAACAAACUUAAUAGAAAAUGAAAUACAAAAUAUAUCAACAGAACAUGUUCCUGACGAUGAUGAAGAUGAUGAUUUAGAUUUCACUUUAGAGUAUGAAAAUGAUGAUGAACAAGUUAAUCCAUCAAUCAAUAUCAACAAAACCAAUAAUAUUAAUAAAAAUGAAAGUAGUAAUCAAUUAAUGGAAGAGGAUAAUGAUGUUAAAAAUGAAACUUUAAAAGAACUUCACAUGAAAAAAACUGAUGAUAACGACGAAAAGCAUGAAAAAAGCAAGACACUAAAAGACAGAGAUGAACAAGACAAUUCAAACAUACAUAUUAAAGAGCAAUUGCAACCUAAUAAGCAUCAAAAUCAAGGUUUAAUAAAAAAAUCGGACAAAAAAGAAAACGAAAGUGAAUUCAGAACGGAUGAAAGUGACACCAUAAAUAUAGAUGGAAAUAAUCAUCAAAAAACUAAAAUCGAUUCUAAUAAAAUAGUGGAAGCAGACUGUGAGAGUUUAGACAAACCUAAAAGUCCAGAAAAAGGAGAUGAACAACACAACAAAAUUAAAAAUACCCGUGAUGAAAAUAAAACGCAAAGUGAAAGUAAACAUGAUAGUAAUGAGCAAGAUGAACGAAAUGAAAAACGUAAAGAAGCUGAAAAAGAGGAAGAUACUAAUAAAUCUCUUAUCGAUGAGCAAAAUAAUAGCAAUAAAUAUGGACCUGAAGAAUCUAGAGAAGAUGAGGUAGGCACUAAUCAAUCUCUUAACGAUGAGCAAAAUGAAAGCGAUGGAUCCGAACAUGAAGAAUCCUUAGAAGAAGAGGUAGAGGCUAAUGGAACUCUCAAUGAAGAGCAAAAUGAUAGCGAUCGAUCUGAACAUGAAGAAUCUAUAGAAGCCGAAGAAGAGGUAGAAAAUGAAGAAUCUAUAGAAGCCCAAGAAGAGGUAGAGACCAAUGACACUGUUAACGAUGAGCAAAAUGAUAGUGAUGGUUCUGAAAAUCAUGAAGAAUCCAUAGUGGCCGAAGAAGAGGUAGAGACCAAUGAAGCUCCUAAUGAUGAACUAAAUGACAGCGAUAAAUCUGAACAUGAAGAAACCAUUGAUGUCGAGGAAGAGGUAGAGACUGAUGAUACUCAUAACGAUGUACAAAAUGAUAGCGAUGAAGCUGAAGUUGAUCAUAGUGAAACUGAAGAACAACAUACUGAAGAAAUGGAGAACCAAGAAGACGAAAAUGAAAGUGAAACAGAAGAACUAAACGAAACUGAAAAUCCAGAAGAAAGUGACAAUGAGGAAACAGAUGAUAAUGUGCAAAAUGAAAGUAAUUUAUCUCAGAGUGAAAAUGUACAAGAGGAAGAGCUAAUGGAGUCUGGGCAAGAACAAAGUGACAUAGUUAAUGAUGAAGUAGGUGAAAAUGAAAUUGUUCCUGAUGAAUUAGAAGAUCACGACACAACAGGAAGGCAUAGAAAGAAAAACAUGACUAUUGUUAAUUCACCCGAAGCAAUCUUACAUGACAAAAGAAGUGAAAUGGAAUCUUUCACAGCCAAAGGUCGCAAUACGAGUAUUAGAAAAACAAAAAGUAUAAUCAAAAAUUUAAAUAUAAGACCAAGCCUAGCUCCAGUUCGGGAGAGUACGGGAAUAACGGAUGGUACAAGGGAUUCUAGUGCGGAAGGCUCGGGUUGGGAUUCACAUAGAACAACCCGCAAAACAAUUCGAUUGACUAUGGGAAAAGAUUUCACGCCCAGAAAGUCACUGCGAGCUUUAGUUAUGGAAAAAUCAGCUAAACGAAAUACCAACUUUAACGAAGUUCUAGCAGACAACACGAAACUACCUCAGGCUAAUUCAACAGAACUGCCGGCGUUUGAUUCGUAUCAAGAGACAGAACCCAUGCAUGUUGAUGAGACAGUUGAGGAACCUUCAGACCAUGAAAUAUCGGCGCGGACGAGACAGACCACCUUAGAAUUGUAUUUACAGAAGAUUAAACAAGAAAAUCUGCAGAAAAAACGUAAAAUGGAAGAUGAAGUCCGCGCCUCUCUGAAAGUUCCAACAAGAGACUCAUUCAAUUCAUUCAAAAUGCCUCUGAUACCAGCUAGACGCAUGAAACCAGCGCAAAAUAACCCAAAACCAAAACAAACAAAAUCCUCGCUUAUUCCAAUAAACAUGUUACCCUCAGAAGUAUUAGAAGAUAUGAAGUAUAAACCACCAAAGAGGUUUCAACCAAGCAACGCAUCGUGGAUCACAAAGAGACUGUAUAAAUUCUUAGAAAAUAAAUUGGAACCAAAAUACGACUACAAAGCUCGUGUACGCGCAGAACGCCUGGUAGAGUUGUUGUACGCGUUCACUCGCGAGGCUCGACGCGGUCCGAGCGAGCAGGCCGUGGAUACGCUCAAGAAAGAAAUGGCGCGACUCAACAUUGUAAAGACACAUUUCGAAUUUUACAAUUUCUUUCACGAGUUCAUGCCGAGAGAAAUAAGAGUUAAGGUUGUUCCCGAUGUAGUUAACAAAAUAUCCUUACCAAAGCAUGGUGUCUUCUCUGAUAUUAUGCAAUAAAUAUUUGUUACUUAUUAUUUAAAAACUUCAGGCUAAGUUUAAAAUCAAUUAUAAAUAAAUAUUUUCAAAACUAAUUGUUGUCUUUCUAGUUUACUUAGAGAUGUAACAUGUAUCUUGACCACAUGGGGGUAUUUUCGUCUCCACUUCUAGCACAA